AUGGAAAAACAAAAGAAAAUGACAACCAAUAAUAUUGAUAAUAAACCUAGUAAAGGAGAUGACUCUAACGAAGACAUAAGUUGUGAUAGAAUAACGAUUAAUGUUCCAUUCGUGGGAAAAGCUACACAGCAAUUCACCAGAGAAAUCACAAAAGUUGCUAUGAAAAUAAAACCUAAUACACAAGUCAUAGCCAUUCCAAGACCACCACAGGCUGUACGACAAUUCUUCAAGAAUAAAGAUGACACACCAAAAGAUCUUCAAUCGAAUUUAAUCUAUGAAGUCAAUUGCACUGAUUGUUCAGCUACAUAUAUAGGAAAGACAGUGAGACAGGCAUGCCAACGCCUGAAAGAGCAUGGUGCACCUUCAAAUGUACCAAUAGCACAAAAUAACCAGGCUCUCAAACGUUCAGCUAGAAUAGCUGCUAAUAAAAAGUUUCAGGUCUCUUAUGUUGAAUCCGAAACUAGUGAUGAAGAACACACACAGAUGCUAAUUCUCAAAUAAUAACAUCAGCUAUACAACGUC